GUAUCGAUAGAUUUGACCCGAAAUUAUCGCAACCCUCAAAAACCUGUCAUUUGCUCUUUCGUCAAAGACAACACCAACACAAGCGAUCACUGUGUCCGUGACUCCAAUACACAAGCCUCUAUGUCUGAAUCUGAUGUGAAAAAGGAAAGAGAGACAGCACAUGAUGAAGAUAUUGCAGCGACAUCUUAUGUCAGUGGUCAAUACUCUAUUCCGAAUUGCAUUUAUGUCUUGAAAGUUCUAAAGGAAGAACUUCAUUGGUUUAAAAAACGAUUUAGCUAUGCUUUAGAAUUGAUUAAAGAUAGCAAAAAUAGAGUCAUUGUUAUCUCUUUAAAAGAUUGCUAUGAUGAUUUGGCAGAUUGGAUAGAUUACAAGUAUCAAAAGGAAAACCCGGAUGCUUUCUGA